AUGGGUGCUCCGGCCAAGGCCGCCCGGACGGGCGUUUCACCUGCUCAGAAUCUCUCUUUUUCCCCCCCGUCGUCAUCGUCGUCAUCACCCAGCGUUUUCUCGCAGCCGAGCCGGUGGCUGCGGUCCUACGAUGACUUCAUUGCCCGCAAUCUCGGCCAGGUGUCGCAGAUCGAGUCGGCUUUGCGGUCGUUGACAUAUAUUAUUCCCGGCCGCUUUCGCGAUGCCGAGAUCGCGUCCGAGACCAUCCACACGGGCGUCCAGCUUCUGUCGCUCUACCACGACAUGUUGCUGCUGCGGACGCCGUCUAACAAAGCUGCCGUGUCGUCAUCCACGGCAGCCUCGCAGCCUCCGGGUCCUUCGCCGCCGCCUCCCUCCCAGCACACGCGUUAUACGCGCUACUGGAUUGAGAAGAGCCCGUUUUACCGCCGUGUGGCAGUCGUGUUGCGCAUUGUCCGCUACACCGAGCUGCUGUGCGAGAUGGCCGCCAAGCGGCGCGGUGAGCGUCUGCGCUGGCGGGUCGUCGUGCUAAUCGAGGCCAUCAAGGCCAUCUGCCGCCUGCUGCUGCUGCGUGUCACGCGAGGACGCACUCUGGUCCGGCCAACAAUGCCGAUGCGGCAGUUGCCAGCAGAAGUCGGAGAGGGAGAGCUGGGCGACGAAGAGCCUGACGAGCAGCUGGAUGAAGAGGACAACCAGCUGAACGAGGUUUCGGCUUCGCCUCGGCUCACUGCUGUCCAGCCAAUUCCCAUCAGCCAGAAACAGCUCUCGCCACAGCCGCCGUUGUCGCCGCCACCGUCGCCAUGUCCAUCCAAGGCCACCACGGCCGUAUUGCCACACACGACCCCGCUGACAGCCCCCCCUUCGCCACCGCCUUCGUCCUCGUCCUUCUCCGCAGCAGCCUCGCAGCAGGCCAAGGCCUGGACCAUGCCCCGCACCAAAAUGGCCCUGCCGCCGUUGCCGCAACCCGGCGAUAUCUCGGCCUAUCUGCAGGGCCGUGUGUUGACUGCCGACGACAUCAAGGCCGCUCCACGUCUACUCAACCGGCUCCGGGGCUCUGGCUAUGCUGCCGAGGUGCUGCACAUCCUGGCCCCCGUCGUCUUUGCGGCCGCGCUCGCCCACAGCAGAAGUAGCAGCUCAAGCAGCAGAAACAAGUUUGCUGCUUGGACGCCCUGGCUGGCCGGUCUCGCCAUGGAGUGUGCUGCUCGCCAGCUGCGCGACCACGACAACAACGGGCUGCGCACCACAACGCUGGAGCACGACGAGUGGACCCGACGUGGCUGGUCCAUGGGUUGGUGGUCUAUGCGUGGCGCCUUUUACGAACACGCCAUGAAAGGCGUCGUGGCCGGCGUGCGGGCACGCGUGCCCUCGUUCGUCGGCGGCAUCCUCGAGGACUACGAGUACCUGUGGGAGAACUACUACUUCAGCACAAGCCCAUGA